UACUGGGCGGCCGCCGGCGGGAUUGCUCUAGGGAGACGCGGGGACCAAGUGGCAGCGACUCGGACAUCUGAGCUGCCACUGCCGAAAACGGGCCCGCAAGACAGAUAAUCAAUAUGCGUUUCCAAGGCUUUCGGCUAUGUUUGGGUCUUCUUUUCAUCUCAAUUAAUGCAGAAUUUAUGGAUGAUAGUGUUGAGAUGGGAGACUUUGAUGAAAAUUCAGAAGAGAUUGAUGCUAAUGAAAAUGAAUUCUCCUCAGAGAUUAAAUAUAAGACACCUCAACCUAUAGGAGAAGUAUAUUUUACGGAAACUUUUGAUAGUGAAAGGUUGGCUGGGUGGGUCUUAUCAAAAGCAAAAAAAGAUGAUACAGAUGCGGAGAUUUCUAUAUAUGAUGGAAGAUGGGAAAUAGAAGAAUUGAAAGAAAAUCCAGUACCUGGUGACCGAGGACUGGUGUUGAAAUCUAGAGCAAAGCAUCAUGCAAUAUCUGCUGUAUUAGCAAAACCUUUCAUCUUUGCUGAUAAACCUCUGAUAGUACAAUAUGAAGUAAAUUUUCAAGAUGGUAUUGAUUGUGGAGGUGCAUACAUUAAACUCCUAGCAGACACUGAUGGUUUGAAUCUGGAAAACUUUUAUGAUAAAACAUCCUAUACCAUUAUGUUUGGACCAGAUAAAUGUGGAGAAGAUUAUAAGCUUCAUUUUAUCUUCAGACAUAAACAUCCCCAAACUGGAGUUUUUGAAGAGAAGCAUGCCAAACCUCCAGAUGUAGACCUUAAACAGUUCUUUACAGACAGGAAGACUCAUCUUUAUACCCUUGUGAUGAAUCCAGAUGACACAUUUGAAGUAUUAAUUGAUCAGAUAGUUGUAAACAAAGGAAGCCUGCUAGAAGAUGUGCUUCCUCCUAUCAGUCCUCCCAAAGAAAUUGAAGAUCCCCGUGAUAAAAAACCUGAUGAUUGGGAUGAAAGAGCAAAAAUCCCUGAUCCUUCUGCUGUCAAACCAGAAGACUGGGAUGAAAGUGAACCUGCCCAAAUAGAAGAUUCAAGUGUUGUUAAACCUGAUGGCUGGCUUGAUAAUGAACCGAAAUUUAUUCCAGAUCCUAAUGCUGAAAAACCCAUUGACUGGAAUGAAGACAUGGAUGGAGAAUGGGAGGCACCUCAGAUUUCUAAUCCAGAAUGUCGGAUUGGGUGUGGUGAGUGGAGCCCUCCCAUGAUAGAUAACCCAAAAUACAAAGGAGUAUGGAGACCUCCAAUGAUAGAUAACCCUAACUACCAGGGUAUCUGGAGUCCUCGAAAAAUUCCUAAUCCAGAUUAUUUUGAAGACAAUCACCCAUUUCUUCUGACUUCCUUCCGUGCUCUUGGUUUAGAGCUUUGGUCCAUGACCUCUGAUAUCUACUUUGAUAAUUUUAUUAUUUGUUCGGAAAAGGAAGUAGCAGAUCGCUGGGCUGCAGAUGGCUGGGGAGUGAAAAUAAUGACAGAAAAUGAUAAUGAGCCUAGUAUAUUCAAACAGUUGAUGGCAGCUACUGAAGAGCGCCCAUGGCUUUGGUUCAUUUAUCUUGUGACAGCAGUGCUUCCAAUAGCAUUAAUUACUUCAUUUUGUUGGCCAAGAAAAGUAAAGAAAAGAUAUGAAGAUGCAGAGUUCAAAAAACCGGACAUAUGUAAGCCACAAACAAAGGGAGCACUAGAGCAAGAAGUGAAGGGAGAGAAAGCAGCCUUGGAGAAACCAGUGGACUUGGAAGAGGAAAAACAGCAAAGUGAUGGUGAAAUUCUUGAAAAAGAAGAGGAAGGUGAACCUGAGGAAAAGAGUGAAGAAGAAAUUGAAAUCAUAGAAGGACAAGAAGAAGGUAAUAAAUCAAAUAAGUCUGGAUCAGAGGAUGAGAUGAGAGAAGCAGAUGAGAGCACAGGAUCUGGAGAUGGGCCAGUAAAGUCAGUACGCAAAAGAAGAGUACGAAAGGAGUAACCUGUAUUCAAGUAUUUUUAAUUCCUAAGAGAGAGAGUUGGCAUUCUCAAGUCGGUGUGCCAGAACUGGACUUGAGGCAAUCUGCACAUCCUGUUUCUACUAUCUAGCAAUGUUAUUCUUUCAAACGUUUAUUUUAAUCUUAUUUUUCAGAAAUAAAAAACUUUGAAGUUAA